AUGCAUCAAAGUGGAAGUUUUCACAAAUGGAGCACCGGUACUCAUUACUCCGGGCAAAGUCGUUCAUUACCGUCGUUCUAUCGGCUAUUGUUGAUCUUAAAAUCACAAAGGGACGGAGGUGAUGUAGUGGUAAGUGGCACACUACCUCACACGCACGUCACGGGUUCGAAUCCUGGAUUAAUAUUCGCCUGGUCCAACCAAGACUUCCACUCCUCCGUGGUCGGCUAUUUGCUACCAGACCCGUCUGAGAGGUCAAAAGCACUGACUUGUUCACCGGAAGGCCACCGCAAGGCAUUUUAUAGCCGACAUACGCAUUCAAUAUGCUACUACAUUUCUGAAAGGGAGUCGAGUGUGAGCGCAUCUUUUUCGACCUAUACCGCACCGAUGAUGUGUGUAGACAACGAUAAUUUGGCUUGGUUAGCAAAUAAAAGGUCGACAACCCGCCAAAGUAUGCUUCGCAGCGAUACUAAAAGCACACAACAGAGGAAACGCCUACGUGUGAAGUCGGUAAUCAUCUAUUGCUAUUUCCUCUUAUUUUCAAACGAUCGCCCCCCCCCCCCCCCCCACAUAUAA